UUGCAUUUUCUAUUGUUUGGUUGCAUCUAUUUAGGAUUUGAAAUGUGUAAUAAAUUAAGAAAGUUUAAAAAAAAAUAAAAAGAUAAAAUAGAAAAAAGUCUUGUUUUGGAAAUAAAAAUUGAAUACUGCAAAGGAAUUCGUAAAUGACACCUAUUUUGGUGGAAAUUGAAGUGAGGAAUUUAAAUAACGAAUUCCUUCGUUUUUUUCCACAGAGAAAUUUAAAAUUUCCAAUCUGAUAAUGCCAAACGAGGGAAUUGGCUUUUAGGAAUUAUGAAAUCCUCACUUUCAAUUAAAUUCCAUCAUUUUUUCCCUCAUCCAAACACACUCUAAAAGAAUACAGUAAAAAAAUAAAAAUAAAAAGCCCAACUCCCUAAUCACCUUGCAGUAUUGCAGUUGUGAGUGUAGACAAACAGAGACUCUCACAUAAACGUGAAGAGUGGAAGAAGACGUUAUCGGUGGAAAGAAACGUAAACAGGUCCCUCAUGACAAACGAGAGUAGACGAAAGAAAACGUGAGCAGUGGAAAGGAAACGUGAACAAGGCCAUUGCUUUCUGAUGAAGCUGGAAAGAAACGUGAACAGUGGAGCCUAUAAAUAUGAUCCCUCGCUUGCUUUCUGUCUCACACCUUCCUGAAUUCCAUCACUACUUGUUCUAGAGAAUUGAGAGAAGACUGAUAAAUAUAAGCUUUGCUUUAUUGAGAGAAUGGCUCAAGUUUCUGAGCCAGGCCAAAAUGAAGAAGUGGAAGAUGAAGAUGCAAUGAAUGGAGGGUGUCAGGAUUCUAAAUCAAUCGAAUCAACGAUUUACCAGAGGUCCAGAGCUGGUGAAUUGGGGGUCACUUGCUCAAGCUCUUGGGAAGAAGGAAAGGGGCUGAAGACAGCAGAUGAUUCUAUAGGGUGGGGUUUUGAUCAUCCUCAUCAUAUAAAUUCAUCCUACGCUUCUAAGUACUUCUGCCAUCAGCAUUACCAUCUGAACCAUCAUCCAAAUCCAGUCCGAGUGGUGGAUACCUUUGGUGAAAUAAACCACCGGACUUGGGUGCAAAGACGCGCCAGAGUAUGAGUGGUGGAAACCUUUUUUUUUUUUUUUUUUUUUUUAUAAAGGGAAAACCGAAGCUUUGAGCCUCCGAGCCGGGGCCUGACUCUCCCCAUGGAUGCUUUUAUCUGAAGCAGGGUUCGAACCUCCGACCUAUUACCAGUAUCGAAGCAGCGUUCGCCCUGUUUAGAGGCCCAUUGGAUUGCCAUCCGAGCCACACCACAUGGGUCCGAGUGGUGGAAACCUUUCUGAAACCUUUACUUCUGUGGAACUCUUUUUUGAAUGUUCUGAACGCUGAAGUAAAAGUGACAUGGCAUUAUAUUUUGGUAGUGAUGUGAUCCAAUCUUAUUGAUAAUAUAUGGUUGGCUUUUGUUUACACCAGCAGACAUUUCAAGUAGGUAUUGUAAUCUUCUUGAAAUGAAGGGGUGGUAACAGGUAAGAUUUUGAAAGAGUUGGAAAUAGUAUGUGUACUUUUGUUCCUCAAAAUGUUGUUAUGUAGAAUUUUAAUGUGUGAUGGAGAACUUGACAGGACCUGGAAAUUAUUGAUGCUCAGAUGCUCUUCCUUUAUGAUCUUAAUAAAAUUGUGAAUUUUUGUGUCAGUGAGAGAUCAAAAUGGCAGGGUUAAGUUUAUGAUAGUGUUGAAUUUGAAUGUUACUGUUUGUAUAUUAAUCACGCAAAACAUGUACAAGAUACAGACUAUAUAUGGUGGAAGACACAACAGGCUAAUGACCAACACGUCAAGGACUGUGAAUCAUUUCCACAAGUCACUGAGUCACUCCUAACUUUAAGCCAUAAAACUAGGAUCUAGAAGUAAGACAUUACUGCAAAACUGUAGCUUAAGGUCCUCCUUUAAACAAGGAACACCCCUAAACUAGGAAGAGUAUGGGAGAAGGUAACCCGUAGACCCUAUAAUUCAGCAGCUUCUAAUAGAUAGGUUACAAAUUUUAAGUAGGUAUCCAUUUCCUUCUCAUUCAACUUAAUUAGCGGAGGAUUGUCUUCAAACUCCUGGGGAUAUUAUGAAGUACUUUUGACUUAUAUUUCUGUCAAGAAUAUUAUGCUCUUUACAAGGUUUUCAAGAUAAGUGGACCUGGGAGAUAAUGAUUUCAUCGUUUCCUAAUGCAAAGUUCUAACUUUAUGUUUCUUCUUGCAGAUCAAUGUUAAUAGGUCGUUAUCGGAUACAUUUCCA